AAAAUGGCGGCAGCUCGUUCCGUCAGCUGUUAGCUAGCUAGCUUAGGGUCGGUGACAAUACAGACAGAAACCAUAAAACCAAAACCACAAUUUAAACGUUUGUUUUGGUUUCUUUUUAGACCAACGGGAUGACAAAGUUAAACUGUGUGGAAUUGGAGGGAUUUAUGGCGGAAUUCGGUCGAUUGGAACAGAAAAUUACAGAGCUGAAUGGUGCAAAAAACCUUCUGGAGCUCAGGUUGGAGGACUCCAACAGGCUGGUGAAUUUUUACAUAAAUAAGGAGCGGAGCCUAAUAGAUGAGAAGCAGAGCCUCCUGGUGUCGGUGGACCGGCUGCAUCAGACGCUGCAGGAGCAAUGUGACCUCAGAGUGGAAAACGAGAAGCUGAGGAAGGAGGUGGAGAAUCUGAAGGAAGAGAAUGAGAACACCCUGCAGGCCGGCCGCUCCGACGUCCAGCAGCUGCUCCGCCAGAUGGCAGCAGAUGAGGACGGACACCAGAGGGCGCUAGAGGCCGUCCGACAGCAGAGCAGCAGAGAGGUAGAGGAGGCGCAGAAACAGGCGAAGAGGCAGAUGGAAGCUAAAGACGCUGAUGUUCGGCGGCAGCUGGAGGAGAAACAUCUGGAGCUGGAGGAGAUGAAGAUGAGGAUGAAGGAGCAAGAGAGGGAGCGGCAGAGCGAGCUGCUCAAGAUCCAGAUGGAGUUUGGUGCGAAGUUAGCUCGGGUUCAAAGUUCAGCUCAGAGGAGCCAGCAGCAGCAGCAGCUUCAGGGAUCCAACCUUCUUCCCCAGAGCGUCUUCAAGCGGCCGCGCUCCAAACUGGACUCUGGUCUAAUCUCCACCAGAACAUCGGCUAAUACCGUUGCAUAACGGUUCAUCUUCAACCGAGCUUCCAGGGAGUGAAACAGUU